CUCCAACAAGAACUCUCCACUACUUCACAGUAGACUAUCCGAGAAGAACCAACACAGUACAAUGAAUAGACCAGAGGGGUGUCAUUUACCUGAUAGACUGAGUUCCCCUGUCCCUAUUAUAGCUAAUUUACCCGUUGGAGAAACUCAUGAUCCUCUAGCUAGCAAGUACGAGUAUCCCUUGCCACGAUCGAAUGCCUAACCCUUUGAGGGCAAACAUCUAGUCACGUGCCAAUCAUUGAGAGUCCAAUGAACACUCGCAAAUCAAAUAGAAAUAGAAAAUAAAAAUCUCAAGGAGCGCUGAUCUUUUUUUUUCAUUGAUCCCGUGGCAUCCUGCUACACAAGUCUAUUCAAACAGUCAUGGGGAUUCAAUACCGGCAGUAACUUAAAAAAAAAAAGUCGAGCAAGGAGGGGGGAGCUGGGGACGGGGUGAGCAAACCGAACCCUAGGCCCAUCCACACGCACUAGUACAUAUCUGGAAAAGAGCCAAAAUUAAUAAGCGACAAACCUUCUCUGUCUCUUCUCCCACCUUUCAAUCUGACGACAGGAAGUAACUCAACAAACACUCAUUCGCCUCCUCCGCAAAUUCUCUCCUUGCUAUUCACACCUGCUCUGCAACUACCACCUAAAGCAUAAGCCAUCUCGCUGCAUUUCAAUAAACCUCCUCGCUGCGGCAGUCAUCUUUCGCCUCGAAUCAACAUUUCAUCAACCAUUACUUUGCUCGCCGCCACCUGAAUCUUCUCCUCCACCCCGAUACGGCAUCUGCUCGAAUUGACUCACCUUAGCGUUUAGGCUUUUUCCGCAGCCACUUCAACACAGUCGGUCAUUGUGGAAUAAUAAGCCACACCGACUGUGUCGUAGUAGCUGCUUUCCUUGGGACCCUGUGGUCCCGAAAAACCGGCAUAAUCAUGAACAACUACACUGUGGUGCCUGCGGUCCCAAGCAGCACUCAACCCCGGGGGAGAAGAGAGGGCGCUGUUGCAUAUGUUCCGCCUCCGGCCGUACCAAUGGGUCUUGCACCUCAACGCCCAGCGAUGCAAGUGCCGUCUCCCCCGGUCGUUGUUACGUCCUAUCCGACACUACCACCCGUUCACCAUGUUCCCCAAGUAGUCCCUCCCCCGCCACCACCACCUCCGCCACCACCACCACCGGCACCCGUACAAUUCUCUAGGCCGGCACACGUCGAGCUCCCAUGGUACUCCUCCCCCGAUGAAAUCUUUCCAGCCAGAAGAAGACGGCGCCCUCUGCCCAAACAUGUUGAGAUUUCGACGAAAAACAUUGCGAAUGUCCCGGAUAUUCCGGUCGAUCUACAGGUCCAAGAAACUCCUACUGCUAUUUCAAGGUCGCAGCCAGAUAUCUCAGAAUUACCUACCCCGGAGACCACGCAACCCUCGUCUGAGAUAGGAUCUGCGAACCCCUCCACACCAACAUCUACCGCGCCCCCAUCUGCCAGCACUGCCGUCGUUCACAAACUCGUGCCCGCGCUACCUCUAAUACCACCAGCUGUGCCCAUGAUAAAACCCAAAGCUCCUAAAGCAGCAAAGCCCACGGAGGCCAAGGAAGCCCAUAUUGAACCUCCCCAACCCACCCCUUCUCCAGAAACCACUACAAAAGCCGCCCCAACACCGCCUACGGCAGUUGCACCCGCAGUCCCUAAGUCGUGGGCUGAGCUGGUCAAGACCACGCCGGUAAAGGAUACUGAGAGCACUAGAGUAGCAGUCAUUCAACCUAAUGGGACAUCAAAUGGGAAAGCAGGGUCCAUCACGCAAAUCUUAAAUGAUUUCCAAAUUAGGCCUACCGGAUCAUUUACCAUUCCGUUCCUUGAACCGCGUGGGUUGCUCAAUACUGGCAAUAUGUGCUUUAUGAAUGCUGUCUUGCAAAUGCUGGUUUUCUGUGGCCCUUUUUACUACUUUUUGGAUCGUGUUGCAAAAGAGGCCGCUCACAGCUUCAAGAAUGAGACCCCACUUAUUGACGCCAUGAUAAUGUUCAUGCGCGAAUUUCACGCCACUCCAAUGACUGCUAAACAAGAGGACCUAGAUGCUCUAGGAGAGCCUUUCGCGCCAGAAUUUCUCUACGAAGUUAUACGUAACACGAAGAGCUUCGCACAUAUGAGGAGAGGACAUCAGCAAGAUGCAGAAGAGUUCUUGGGAUUUCUGUUGGAUGGGCUCCAUGAAGAAGCGGUCAAAAUGAUGAUGAAAUCCGAUGGAAAUGGUCCCUCGAGCAUAAGCGGUGACUCUUCACUGGACGAUACAGACGAAUCCGGGUGGAUGGAGGUUGGUCACAAACAAAAGACCGCGACAACCCGCACCACUGAGAUCUCAGAGUCACCUAUCACCAAAAUAUUUGGAGGAAAACUUCGAUCAGUGUUCCAUGUUCCAGCGCUCAAACCUUCCGUCACACUUGAACCAUACACUCCAUUACAGUUAGAUAUUCAAGCGCCGGAGGUUCGAUCUGUGGUCGACGCUUUAAAACAUCUAACUACGCCUGAGAAAAUUCAAGGCGACUUUAAGUCACCCAAGGGCCCCAACGUCGCCGCUAAAAAGCAAGUUUUUAUUGAAACUCUUCCUCCUGUCCUGAUUCUACAUCUCAAACGAUUUCAGUAUGAUAACACCGGGGGUACUCAAAAAAUUUGGAAAAAGAUUGGGUAUCCCCUGGUGCUUCAAAUCCCUUCUGAGGCUAUGAGUCAAGCACAGAGAGCAGGACCAUCUGCGAAAUAUCGACUAAUUGGGGUUGUUUACCACCACGGAAAAUCGGCUAGCGGUGGUCACUAUACAGUGGAUGUUCUACGUCAAGAUGCCAAAAAUUGGAUCAGACUUGAUGACACUGUGAUUAGAAGGGUACGUUCUGAGGAGGUUGCAGUCGAUGUUAAGGACCUCGGAUCACACAACAUACCCGACGGAGAAGAAAAUGACGGUUGGGUCAAUGGAUGGGAGGAGGUAACGGCCAAUGGGAGCGGUACUGCAAAUAAGGGGGAGGGCGCCAGAUACAUCGGAAAGGAUACUAAGGUGGCGUAUAUCCUUUUCUAUCAAAAGCUUUGAUUUCGGAAUCUUCCGAAAAUGUUGUUUAGUUUUCUUGAUACAUUGAUUUUUAUUCUCUCUUUUUUUCUUUUUUCACUGUUUCUUUCCUAUCAGCGUCAUUUCUCGGGCUUUCUUUUUGGACCCCCUGAUCUGGGUGCGACGAAGAGCAGAAAAUGGGCAUUGAACGGAAAAAGGUUUGGAAAAAAGGUCAUGGCGGUUAGGGUAGGUGCAUAGUGCUUUAUUUAUUCCUUUUUCCCUCUUCUUCGAAUCGAUCUUAUCAAUCGGAGCGUUUUGUGUGCGGUCAUGGUACUUGGUUCCUUUUGUGAUUAUCUUCAUUACCUUGUGUACUAUGGCUAUUUUCGUUUUUUUUUGGGGGGGUGGCCGGAGCAAGUACUCGGGCCCGUUACCGAUAUUAGCCUUG